GGGAAACUCCACAUUCAGACACGCCUGGUGCAGACGCUGGUGUCCUGGCAGCGCCUAAAUCAUUAGCGCCGCGGAGAUUAGGCUGCUAAUCUCCUUGUUGGGUGGAGCGGUGCCAGCCGCCAGCCUGUGGAUCAUGCUGCUCUCUUGCAGGGGCCGUUCCUCGGGGCACGACGCUGGCUCCUGCACAGAUCCUGCUCCUUUGUGGCCUUCCUGGGCUGCCCGCCCCUCCUCCAGGACUGCUCUAGACUGACGCUUCUCAGAGUUUUGCUCUUGUCACCUGGGCUGGAGUGCAAUGGCGCCAUCUCGGCUCACUGCAACCUCCACUUCCCAGGUUCAAGCUAUUCUCCUGCCUCAGCCUCCUGAGUAGCUGGGAUUACAGAUCCCGGUGGCUGUGAUCGGUCAUUCCAGCUUCGUGCUGGCUGCAGGUGGAUGAUGCCCAGCUGGCUGCCGAUGACUUCUGCACCAAGUGAGGCUGGGUCUCUGGAGCUGCCCCAGGAACUGGACAAGCUGACCCUGGCCGGAGCCAACCUGGAGAUGCAGAUUGAGAACCUCAAGGAGGACCUGGUCUACCUGAAGAAGAACCAUGAGGAGGAAAUGAACGCCCUUUGAGGUCAGGUGCACGAGGAUGUCAGUGUGAAGAUGGACACUGUGCCUGGAGUGAACCUGAGCUGCAUCCUGAAUGAGAUGUGUGACCAGGACAAGAAAUUGGUGGAGAAGAGCUGCAAGGAUGCCGAGGGCUGGUUCUUCAGCGUGAGAGAGGGGCUGAACUGCGAGGUGGCCACCAACACAGAGGCCCCACAGAGCGUGGCUGGGUGCAUUGCCGCCCCACUGUGCCGGCAGCACCCACAGCCCCGUACAAAAGCAUCGCUGGAGGGCAGCCUGGUGGAGACGGAGGUGUGUUACGGGACCCAGCUGGCCCAGUUGCAGGGGCUCAUCAGAAGCAUGGAGUAG